CUUCCGCCGACGGCGCUGGUGGGCGACCGUGAGGCGCCGGAGGACGCUCCCCGCGCCGAGCCAUGGAGAUGCCGCUGCCGCCCGACGACCAGGAGCUGCGGAAUGUCAUCGACAAGCUGGCCCAGUUCGUGGCUCGCAACGGGCCCGAGUUUGAGAAGAUGACGAUGGAGAAGCAGAAGGACAACCCGAAGUUCUCGUUUCUGUUCGGGGGCGAGUUCUACAGUUACUACAAGUGCAAGCUGGCGCUGGAGCAGCAGCAGCUCCUCUGCAAGCAGCAGGCCCCUGAGCUGGAGCCACCCGCCGCCCUGCCGCCCCUGCCCCAGGCCCCGCUGGCCCCCGCCGCCGCCAUCCCACCCGCCCAGGGGGCCCCAUCCAUGGACGAGCUCAUCCAGCAGAGCCAGUGGAACCUGCAGCAGCAGGAGCAGCAGCUGCUGGUGCUCCGCCAGGAGCAGGUGACAGCGGCCGUGGCCCACGCGGUGGAGCAGCAGAUGCAGAAGCUCCUGGAGGAGACGCAGCUGGACAUGGACGAGUUCGACAACCUGCUGCAGCCCAUCAUCGACACGUGCACCAAGGACGCCAUCUCGGCUGGGAAGAACUGGAUGUUCAGCAACGCCAAGUCCCCGCCGCACUGCGAGCUGAUGGCCGGCCACCUGCGCAACCGCAUCACGGCCGACACGGCGCACUUCGAGCUGCGGCUGCACCUCAUCUACCUGAUCAACGACGUGCUGCACCACUGGGCCCUGACGCCCGGAAGCUCUCUCCCUCACAGCCAGCGCAAGCAGGCACGGGAGCUGCUGGCCGCCCUGCAGAAGGUGGUGGUGCCCAUCUACUGCACCAGCUUCCUGGCCGUGGAGGAGGACAAGCAGCAGAAGAUCGCCCGGCUCCUGCAGCUCUGGGAGAAGAACGGCUACUUCGACGACUCCAUCAUCCAGCAGCUGCAGAGCCCAGCCCUGGGGCUUGGCCAGUACCAGGCGACGCUGAUCAGCGAGCACUCGGCGGCGGCGCAGCCCGUGCAGCUGGCCUUCCAGCAGCAGAUCCAGACGCUCAAGGCCCAGCACGAGGAGUUUGUCAGCAGCCUGGCCCAGCAGCAGCAGCAGCAGCACAUCCAGCUGCCCCCGCUGGAAGCGGAAGUCAAGGCCGCGCCGCCCCCCGCUGCACCGCCCCCGGCGCCGGCCCCCGCCCCGGCUAUCCCGCCCACCACCCAGCCCGACGACAGCAAGCCCCCCAUCCAGAUGCCCGGCUCUUCAGAGUACGACGCCUCGGGAGGGGUCCAGGACCCUGCUGCCGCCGGCCCCCGGGGCCCCGGGCCCCACGAGCAGAUCCCCCCGAACAAGCCACCCUGGUUUGAGCAGCCCCACCCCGUUGCCCCCUGGGGCCAGCAGCAGCCUCCUGAGCAGCCCCCCUACCCGCACCACCAGGGGGGCCCGCCGCACUGCCCGCCCUGGAACAGCAGCCACGAGGGCAUGUGGAGCGAGCAGCGUGGGGACCCCGGCUGGAACGGGCAGCGCGAGGGCCCCUGGAGCGGGCAGCCCGACCCCAGCUGGAACAGCCAGUUCGAGGGCCCCUGGAGCGGGCAGCACGAGCAGCCGCCCUGGGGUGGGGGCCAGCGCGAGCCCCCCUUCCGCAUGCAGCGGCCCCCCCACUUCCGCGGGCCCUUCCCGCCCCACCAGCAGCACCCGCAGUUCAGCCAGCCGCCGCACCCCCACAACUUCAACCGCUUCCCGCCGCGCUUCAUGCAGGACGACUUCCCCCCGCGGCACCCCUUCGAGCGGCCGCCCUACCCCCACCGCUUCGACUACCCCCAGGGCGACUUCCCCGCGGAGAUGGGGCCCCCGCACCACCACCCCGGCCACCGUAUGCCUCACCCUGGGAUCAAUGAGCACCCGCCCUGGGGGGGGCCCCAGCACCCCGACUUUGGUCCUCCGCCCCACGGCUUCAAUGGGCAGCCCCCCCACAUGCGGCGGCAGGGCCCCCCCCACAUCAACCACGACGACCCCAGCCUGGUCCCCAACGUGCCCUACUUUGACCUGCCUGCGGGGCUCAUGGCCCCCCUUGUGAAGCUGGAGGACCACGAGUACAAGCCGCUGGACCCGAAGGACAUCCGCCUCCCGCCCCCCAUGCCCCCCAGCGAGAGGCUGCUGGCCGCCGUGGAAGCCUUUUACAGCCCCCCAUCCCACGACAGGCCCAGGAACAGCGAGGGCUGGGAGCAGAACGGCCUGUACGAGUUCUUCCGGGCGAAGAUGCGGGCCCGGCGGAGGAAGGGCCAGGAAAAGAGGAACAGCGCACCCUCGCGGUCCCGGAGCCGGUCCAAGAGCCGGGGGCGCUCGUCCUCUCGCUCCAACUCCAGGUCCUCCAAGUCGUCCGGCUCCUACUCGCGCUCGCGCUCCCGCUCCUGCUCCCGCUCCUACUCACGCUCCCGCUCCAGGAGCCGCAGCCCGUCCCACUCCUCGCGGAGCCGCUCCCGCUCCCGCUCCCGCUCCAAGUCCUACUCCCCGGGGAGGAGACGCCGGUCCCGGUCGCGGAGCCCCAGCCCCCCUUCCUCGGCCGGUCUGGGUUCUAAUUCAGCACCACCCAUCCCCGACUCGAGACUCGGAGAAGAAAACAAAGGACAUCAGAUGCUGGUGAAGAUGGGUAAGGCCCCCGGGGUCUGGGACAGGGCGUCACUCCUGAUGCGUCCGGGUUGGGGCCACAGGAAGUCCUGGUUUAUCGCCAGAAAGUCUCAGUGCCGAGCCUCGGGCCUCUGCCAGCCGUGCCCGCGCUGCCACGUCAGUCUGGAGGUCACUUGGCUUCCCGGACCCCCAGUGUCCCCGGUAGCUGUUUCAGGGCAGGUGCACCCCGUUUCUGCUGCCUCAGCAGGUUGUAACCGGCGCCUCGUCUCUCUCCAAGGGUGGAGCGGAUCCGGCGGCCUCGGCGUGAAGGAGCAGGGGAUCCAGGACCCCAUCAAGGGGGGGGAUGUGCGGGACAAGUGGGACCAGUACAAGGGCGUGGGCGUGGCCCUGGACGACCCCUACGAGAACUACCGCAGGAACAAGAGCUACUCCUUCAUCGCCCGCAUGAAGGCCAGGGACGAGUGCAAGUAGGGCUGCGGGCCAUGCGGGCAGCCAGCUGCCAGAACCUUCUGGCCCGGUGCCAGCCGAGCUCCCGAUCUCCCUCACACUCGGCUCUCAGCCCGACGACUUCUCCGGGGCACGUGGGAAGAGGUGGAAGUGGACACGGGCCUCAACCAGGCUGUGCCCGCAGACCGACCUGUGGUGUAGACACUCACGCAAAAAGGACACUGCAACUACUGCAGCCCACAACCCCGCUCUCCUCCACAGCGAAGCCAGGUGCGUGAGGCCCCAAAGGACACCUGGCAUCAGAAGGAACAGCCAUUUGCCUCUCCCUGGAGCGGGAUCUGUGCCUCCUCUCACCUCAGUGGGCAGGUGGGCAUCAGCCCAGUCCCAGCCGAGCGGCUGCACGGAGAUGACGACGGAGGCCGGGCCUUGUUCCUGUUAGCAAUCUGGAAACAGAAAAACAAAACCUUUUUUGAUUUGCAAAGUUAAAACAGGGCUUUCAUUUUUACUUCAAAUGGUUUAGUUUCGGAAAAACGCUGUCGAGCUGAAACCAUCCCCCAUGAUGUAACUGGAAGUCGAGCUCCAGUGAGAGACUUGGGCCCUCGGUUUGGUUCUUUUAGUUGCACACGUUGCUGUUUUUCCUCAGUUCUUAGCCACUUGCCGUCUGUAGGAAGACCCCGUCCUGGGGAGGCAGCAGCUGCAGGUGGAGAGGGCCCCCCAAGAAUCUCACGUCCUCAGUGCCUCUGCUGCACUCCCACCCAGAGAAGCCCCUCGCCAGCCCCUGGUGCCAGAACCCGCGUCGGACCCACGCAUGGAGAACCCACCUGCCCGCUCACUCCACCGGUGCCCCCACCCCACCCCAAAGGGAGGUGAGGCCCUGGGGAGAGCCGCCGCUGCCGAAGCCCCCGGGCAGCUGCCAGCCGGGACGGGCGGCUGGCACGGUGCUGCGUUUGUACAGGAACAUUUUCAAAAGUUCUUUUCAGUGGGAUGCAAAAUCCUCUCCAACUUUUCAGCCUGUUGCAGUGACAUAGAUUUGGUUUUGUUCUAGAUCCCGUAGCUGUGAAUUGUUCAAACGUGUCUGAUUCAGGACAUGUCGCCACAUGCUGUUAACUGUUCUCUUGUGGAUUUGACUGUUUUGCCUUCAAAUAAAGACUUUUUUCCAA